ACAGUAGAAAAAAUGCUAAAUGUCAGGGUUUGUUUUAUUUUCUAAGAAUUGUGUAUCAUUUUAUACAAAAUCACGAGCUCUCGAGGAAAAACUCUGAAUAAAUAAAAAUAAUGGUUAAAGAGCAAAUUGCUAUAAUGGACCUUGUUCCUGAAUAGCUUUUGGGUUUUUGUCGUGUAAAUUGAUGGAUCGAGGAUGGAAAAAAAAGCUACAAGUUCUCAGAGGUGAAUGCUAUCUGGACAACAGCUAGUCACUCUAAAGUCCGAUUUAUUUAGGUUGUGACAGAUGAAUUUAAAUGCAAAAAACGAACAUGAGCAUGGAUGAAGAAGAUUUUGAGUUAGUUGGUGAACAACUGUACAAUCUGAUUUACCCCAAACACAAGGAGAGUGCUGGAAAACUCACAGGCAUGUUAUUGGAGCUGCCUCUCCCUGUGCUGAGUCAGAUGCUGCAGGAUGAGGCCAUGCUGACAGCAGCUGUGGAGAAAGCCCUCAGAGCUCUGCAGGUGGCACACAAAUCCAGUGAAGUUACAUUGAGAAAUGAGGAUGAUGCGUCUGCGUCCUCUGACUCCCUGGGGGAGCAACUGUUUGAGCUGGUGGAUGUUUACAACACUGGUCACUCCCAGAAAAUUACAGGAAUGCUUUUGGAGCAGCACAAAGAUGCAGUCUUACAUCUUCUGUCAGAUCCUAAACUUCUGGAGAAGCAUGUGAAUCUCGCCUUGAAGACGUUAAAAGAGCAAAAUGUAGAGGAAGCGGAUGUGAGCGACUCCUCAGAAACCGAUGACACAGACAAACUGGGUGAAAAGAUUUUCUCACUGGUGGUGGAGAUGGAUCCACUUCAUGCAAAUGACAUUACAGGAAUGCUUCUGGAGAUGGACUCGCCGGCGCUGCAGCUGCUGCUCAGUGACCACACGAUGCUGAGAGUCGCUGUUCAAAAAGCGCAAGCCGUGCUGGACACCUAGAGCUGACGUUUCUGACACAACGCUAUAAUAUUUAACAAUCAGUGACUUGAUAAACUCAGUUAAUGUAGAGAUGGUGAAACACUUUUGUUUUAAAUAGACUCUGCAGUGGACAAUGAACAGAUGUUAACUGAAGAGAGCUGAAAGACGUCUGUUCCUGCUGAACACAUAUUAUUGCACUUUAAUUUCUGAGCUCAAUGAACAGUGUGAAUCAUUAAUCCUUCAAUGAGAAGUCACACUUAUUGAUUAAACUGUUUACUGUAAUUCAUUAGGGAGGAUUUUUAAAAAAAAAUACACAAAUCUAAUGCUUCUUUUAGUUUUUUAUAUACUCAGUUGUAGAAAAGAGCAAGCACUGAUGCUCAAUAUUUUUACUAACAUAAGCAACUAAUCUGUCUAAAAUUACUGGAUGAAUUAUAUAGAUAUUUUUACAGAUUUCCCUCUGAGUCUUUGCUGCUGCAGCUAUUGAUAAUUUAUUUAACAGAGUUUUGUCAUGUCUGCAUCAAAACUCAGCUUCUUACCUUACAGGAUGACAACAUUUACAAAUAUAUUUAUGUAUGGAUGGUUUAAUUUAACAACAAAAAAGCUGAUUUAACAAACAGGACAAAUCAAAUUUUACCCAACAAUGCAUGUUAAGUAUAUA